UCAGUCGUCUGAUCGACGGGAACGAAAAUUUUGCCUCGAUGAUGAUGAGAUUUUCUACCCGCUCGCGGAGUAAGUCUUUCAAAAAGACCCUGAGUUUCCAUUCAUUUCGUUCAUUUCUCCUACUAUUACAAACCAUGUCUUCUAGUAUUGGGGUCAACUGCACAGAACUUAAAAAAAAGUAUGAUAAUUGUUUUAACAAAUGGUAUUCAGAAAAGUUUUUGAAAGGUGAUACAACACCUGAAUGCGAGGAGCUGUUCAAAGACUAUCGUGCCUGUGUCAUGGUAAAGAAACAACAACCAUAAAAAAAGAUAUGGUAAAGUGCUUUUCUGAGUUACUAUGCUAACGUUUAUAUACUUCGACUAGGCUACAUUAAAAGAAAAAAAUA